UCUCUUCCUUAGGUCCUCUUUAACUGGAGACGGUCUCCUUUUGUGCAAGAAUUCUGAAUUCUCAUAUCCAGGAAGAAAAUGUAUCCAUGUAGUUGCUAUUUAAAAACACACCUGAGUGAGUCACAUAUGGAGAGUUUCUUUAUUUAUUUGGAUCCCGAUUUUAUUAUUUCUGCAAAUGAGAGAAGAUGUGAAAGAAAAGGAAGGAGCCAAUUUGGAGCUCAAGGUUGGACGGAGGGGUCUUUGGAGUUGUCUGAGCCCCCCCCCCCUCCAGCCACGGAGACCCCUCCCUCCUCUCUUCCCCCAACAACAACCCUGUGAGGUGGGCUGGUCCGAAAGAGCGGCUGCCCCACACUUGAACUCAGGCUCCCUUGCUUUCUCCCCUUUGGCUCCACUUUAUAGGCGGCUAUAAGGCCUACGCGCCAGAAGAGCCCCUGAGCUCCCGCGGCCUCAAUAGGGGGGAAAGAGGGGGGGGAGAAGGACCCCAAAGAUCAAAGGGAACCCUGUGCCCACGCCUCCACUGGGAACCAUAGCAACCAUCAACACCGGAGGUGCUAUCUGGCCGGUUGAAGGAAGGCGGACGCCGAUUGGUCGCUGUGGGGAGGGCGGCGAUUGGCAGGAGGACAGCUUGGGACCGGUCUCUGCAAAGGAACAGGCGAAACUUCUGGAGAAGAUAAGGCGUGAAGCCUCCACUUCCGGAAACAAAACGGGCAACUAGGGAGCUUCUUGAAUCGGCGACAGAGGAGGCCGGAUGACGCAGGUUAUGCUGGGAGUCGCAGUCCGGGAGGGUCAUUUUCGGAAGGGAGGCUGCGGGAAAGGGGACGCAGCCGUCACCCGCCUCUCUCUAUGCCUCUCUCUCCCCUGCAGGAGGACGGAAGAAUCCGGAGGGGGAAGGAAGGAAGAGCCCCCUUCCCCCCCCCCCCCAGAGCAGUCCCUUCGCGGCGUCCCGGGGAGACGGCGGGGAAAGGCCGGGAGGCUCCGGGGCUGCAGAAGGGAUGAGCGUAAAAGGUUCCCCGAUGCAAAUUACACGAUCUGGUAGGAAAAGCGUUUUCUUCCCGACUUCCGCAAUCGGACCAAGAGAGGUGCAGGGGGCGGUGGAAGAGAGGAAGAGGCGGAGCUUGGACGAAAACGGACGGAGGCCGGACUGGCCCUCAUUUUCGGAUACGGAGAAGUAACGGGGGAAAAAAAACCGAUUACAGGUGCGCAUGCGGACUGAUGCAGGUAGGGCGCAAGGGACGCCGGGAGUUGCAGUCCGGGAGGUUCCUCCGGAGAAGGACCUGUGAGGGAGGAGAGGGCGGGCGCCCGAGGCUUGGUCUGACGGCUGAGGGGGACUUGGGGAGGGAGGCCCGUGGGAGACGGUGGCUUCGGCCUGGGCUUCUUCUGCGGGGAAGGGGACGCAGCCGUGACGGCCUCUCUCUCCUCCCUGCAGGAGGACGGAGGAGCCCGGCGGGGGAAGGAAAGAAGCGCCGCCCGAGAGCAGGUGAUCCCUGUGCGGUUUCCCUGGCAGAGGGCGGGGAAAGGCCGGGAGACUCCGGGGCUGCAGGAGGGAUGCGCUCAGGGAAAUCCCGGGAAAGGACGCUGCCUGGAGGGCGGUGCGGAGACCAGGAAACGGGCGGAGACUCCGAGACGGUCCUGAAGGGCGGAGGGUCCUUCGGAAGAUCCCGAAAUCCCCAAAGGAUCCAGGAGGAAGAAGAGAAAUAUCAGUGCCCGGAAUGUGAAAAGUCCUUCAAGAGAAACGACCAUCUUGAAAACCAUCUAAAAAUCCACUCAUUUGGAAACCCACAUAAAUGCUUUGAGUGUGGAAAGAGCUUCAAUUAUAGAGCAGAACUUAGGCAACAUGCAAUAAUCCACACGGGAGAAAAACCUCAUAAAUGUCUGGAAUGUGGAAAGAGCUUCAGUCAGAGUAGCAGCCUUUAUACACAUCAAAGGAUACACACAGGAGAAAAACCUCAUAAAUGCCUGGAGUGUGGAAAGAGCUUCAGUCAUAGCAGCAGCCUUUAUACACAUCAAAGGAUACACACAGGAGAAAAAUCUCAUAAAUGCCUGGAGUGUGGAAAGAGCUUCAGUCAGAGGGGCAACCUUUAUACACAUCAAAGGAGCCACACAGGAGAGAAACCUCAUAAAUGCCAGGAGUGUGGAAAGAGCUUCAGUGAGCAGAGCAGCCUUUCUAAACAUCAAAGGAUCCACACAGGAGAAAAACCACAUAAAUGCCUGGAGUGUGGAAAGAGCUUCAGUGAGCGGAGCAGCCUUUAUAAACAUCAAAGGAUCCACACAGGAGAAAAACCUCAUAAAUGCCUGGAGUGUGGAAAGAGCUUCAGUCAGAGGAGCAAUCUUUAUACACAUCAAAGGAGCCACAGAGGAGAGAAACCUCAUAAAUGCCUGGAGUGUGGAAAGAGCUUCAGUCGACGGAGCAACCUUUAUACACACCUAAGGAUCCACACAGGAGAAAAACCUCAUAAAAUGCCUGGAUGCCCAGAAUGUGAAAAAUCCUUUAAGAGAAAACAGCAUCUUCGAACGCACCUAAGAAUCCAUACAGGUGAGAAACCUCAUAAAUGCCUGGAUUGUGGAAAGAGCUUCAGUCAGAGGGGCACGCUUUAUACACAUCAAAGGAUCCAUUCAGGAGAAAAACCUCAUAAAUGCCUGGAGUGUGGAAAGAGCUUCAGUCGGAGGAGCAGCCUUUAUAUACAUCAAAGGAUCCACUCAGGAGAGAAAUGUCAUAAAUGCCUGGAGUGUGGAAAAAGCUUCAGUCAGAGGGGCACCCUUUAUACACAUCAAAGGAUCCAUUCAGGAGAAAAACCUCAUAAAUGCCUGGAGUGUGGAAAGAGCUUCAGUCGGAGGAGCAGCCUUUAUAUACAUCAAAGGAUCCACACAGGAGAAAAACCUCAUAAAUGCCUGGAGUGUGGAAAGAACUUCAGUCAGAGGAGCAGCCUUUAUAUACAUCAAAGGAUCCACACAGGAGAAAAACCUCAUAAAUGCCUGGAAUGUGAAAAGAGCUUCAGUCACAGGAGCAGCCUUUAUAUACAUCAAAGGAUCCAUAUAGCAGAGAAACCUCAUAAAUGCAUGGAGUGUGGAAAGAGCUUCAGUUGGAGGAGCAGCCUUUAUACACAUCAAAGUAUCCACACAGGAGAGAAACCUCAUAAAUGCAUGGAGUGUGGAAAGAGCUUCAAUCAGAGGAGCAGCCUUUAUAUACACCAAAGGAUCCACACAGGAGAGAAACCUCAUAAAUGCAUGGAGUGUGGAAAGAGCUUCAGUUUGAGAAGCAGCCUUUAUAAACAUAAAAAUUUCCACACAGGAGAAAAACCUCAUAAAUGCCUGGAGUGUGGAAAGAGCUUCAGUCAGAGGAGCAGCCUUUAUAUACAUCAAAGGAUCCACACAGGAGAAAAACCUCAUAAAUGCAUGGAGUGUGGAAAGUGUUUCAGUACUAGAGGAAAUCUGUAUAGACAUCAAAUGAUUCACACAGGAGAAAAACCACAUAAAUGUCUGGAGUGUGGAAAGAGCUUCAGUCGGAGAGCACACCUUGACGGACAUCAAAGAGUCCACACAGGAGAAAAACCAUGUUAGGAAUAUAAUUAAUGGUUGGGUUGGCAAUAUAUAAAUCAUGUAACAUUGU